AUGUCGUUGACACUGUACUGCGCCAUUGUCAACGACGGCAGCACGAUCAAGGUGGAGGUUCAUGCGAGUGCUUCGGUGGCCGAAUUGAGAACGAAGAUCGCGGAGAAGAUGCAGUACACAUUCCCUGAUCAUGAGCUGACACUCUACCUGGCGAAGUUGCCCGACGGCGAGUGGCUGCAAUGGAGUGACGAGGCCGUUGGCAAGUUGAGGACACAUGAG